AUGUCCGCUGUUCAGACUAUCACUGUGGCCACCCAGCCCGAUAUUCAGUAUCAUCCUGACUAUGAAAAGUACAAGGAGCGUACUCGUCGACGAAAGGAGACUGAGGACCUGCAGUCUACUUUGCCUGCAGGCUUCCCACAAAAGCUGAUAUCGCCACUAGUCUGGGAAGGAAAAGACGUCGAGAAGCGGGAUGAUUGGGUUUAUCAGUUGAGCGAUGAUCAACUGGAUGAACUCGACGCUGCUUUGAAGAGCUUCAAAUCUCUUGGUCUUUCCUCGGGACAUAUCAAUCAGUCGAAUUUUCCUCUACCUACCCUGCGGCCUGUUCUUCGAGACCUUUCGAAGGAGAUCCACACCGGUCGAGGAUUCGUCGUUCUCCGGGGUUUGCGCAUCGAUAAUUACUCCCGGGAAGACAAUAUCAUCAUCUAUGCCGGUGUAUCUUCCCACAUCGGCAAUAUUCGAGGACGGCAGCAAGAAGCUCGACUGGUGGAUGGCACCUCGCCCGUGAUAUCCCAUAUCAAAGACCUCACUAGCACGACCGACAAGAAGCUUAUCGGAGCCCCGUCAAACACGGCUGACAAGCAAGUUUUCCACACUGACGCUGGCGAUAUCAUCUCACUCCUCUGUCUGAACCGCGCCGCAGAGGGAGGAGAAAGCUAUCUUGCUAGCAGCUGGAAUGUGUAUAACAUCCUGGCCAAGGAAAGACCUGAUCUUAUUCACACUCUGUCCCAGGAUUGGCCAGUAGAUGGUUUCAAUAACCCAGCCAGGCCCUACAGCCUCCGCCCACUUCUAUACCACCAACCAGCCACUGCAACUACUCCCGAGAGGGUCUUGAUUCAAUACGCAAGACGAUACUUCACCGGAUUCCUCGCUCAGCCUCGAUCGAAGGAUAUUCCACCUAUCACCGAAGCGCAAGCCGAGGCGCUCGACGCUUUGCACUUCUUGGCGGCAAAGCACAGUGCCACUCUGGAUUUCCAGAAAGGUGAUGUGCAGUAUGUGAACAAUCUUAGCAUUUUCCAUGCGCGGAAUGGAUUUAAAGAUGAGCCUGGUAAAGAGCGUCAUUUGUUGCGACUCUGGCUGCGAGACCCUGAAAACGCAUGGGAAACACCUCGGGAGCUCCAAGAACGCUGGGACAUAGUCUACAAGGAUGUUGCAGCAGAUAAGCAGGUGUUCUCAUUGGAGCCAACUAUUCGCAAGAAUGUCGGCUCGUGA